AUGUCGGCGACGGUGCUGGCGCUGACCGCGUUGAUAGGCGUUAUGGUGUCUGCCGGCUUCUGCCACCUGCUGGGAGAGGCGCUGAAGCAGAUGCCGCGCAUGACGUUCCCACUGGCCCCGUUCCUGUGCGGCACCGGCUACCUGUUCACCCUGGUGGCAGACAAGAUAGCGGCGUCGGCGCACGGCGGCGCCCACCACGGCUGCUGCGGCGGCGCCCACCAGCACGGCAUGCCGGCCAAGGGGCCCGCGGUGGACAGCUGCUGCGCUGUGGAGGUGCUGGCAGGCAUGGACAUAGCGGAGCGCGGGUCGGGCCGCCUAGACAAGCACAGCGGCGAGCAGGAGGUGCAAGGCCUGCUGGAGCGCACGCCGCCUCGCAACGGCGGGCUGGGCAGGCAGCACAGCGGCGGCGGCGGCGGCGGCGGCGGCGGCGGCAGCAGGCUGUCCCAUAGCCCCGGCGGAGGGCACAGCACGGCAGACCAUGCGGUGGUGGCAGUCAACGGCAGCGGCAGCUUUGCGGACGGGCGCUUUGGGGAGCAGGAGAAGGAGGGCGGCGGCGGCGGUGGCGGCAGCGGCUUUGCCCGCGUCAGCGUGGACGGCUUCGCGGCGGGCCCCGGCGGCGGUGCCGCCGGCGGCCGCCGGCGCCAGGGCCUGCAGCGCGACAGCAGCGAGAGCCUGGUGUUUGAGGUGGAGCCGCCCAGCUCACCGCUGCUGACGCCCGGCUCCGCCUCGCGCCGCAGCGUGUCGUUUCUGACCGCCAUGCUGAUGGGUGUGGCCCUCUGCUUCCACUCGCUGCUGGAGGGGGCGGCCAUGGGGGCGCAGACCACCAUCAGCAACUCGCUGCACAUCUUCAUCGCCAUUGUGAGCCACAAGGGGCUGGCCGCCUAUGCACUGGGCAGCUCCAUCGUCGACUCUGACGCCUCCAUGCAGCGCUUCUGGUCCGUGGUGCUGCCCUUCACCUUUGCCUCCCCCGUCGGCAUCUUCAUCGGAUACGUCAUCUCCGAUGUUGCCAAGGGGGUGGGCGCAGCAUCCAUCUCGGCGCUGGCAUCCGGCACCUUUCUGUAUGUUGCCUUCAUGGAGGUGAUCCCCAAGGAGCUGCGGGACGGCUCCCGCAUGGCCCUCAAGCUCGCCGCCCUGCUCGUCGGCUUUGGCCUCAUGAGCCUGCUGGCCGUGUGGGCGUAG